UUGGCAUUCUUCAUACCCUCCAAUCUCCAUACAACAAACCCUCCACCCAUGAAACCAAUAUUUCUUUCCCACUCUUAGCUUCUCAAUUAAUUAUCUCUGGUUAGUUUUCGUUGUUUAUAUUUUUGAACUGAAAACAUCAUCAUCAUCAUGAGAACAGGAGGGUGUACAGUGCAGCAAACCCUAACCCCAGAGGCUGCAACCGUGGUAAAACAAGCCAUGGCGCUUGCUAGGCGGCGCGGCCACGCUCAGGUCACCCCUCUCCACGUGGCAAACACCAUGCUCGCCUCUCCAACCGGCCUUCUUCGCCGCGCUUGCCUGCAAUCCCAUUCUCACCCUCUCCAAUGCAAAGCUUUGGAGCUUUGCUUCAAUGUUGCGCUCAACCGCCUCCCCGCUUCCUCUUCUAGCCCCAUGUUCGGACCUCAGAGCCAGAGCCCUUCCAUUUCCAACGCCCUCGGGGCCGCCUUCAAGCGCGCCCAGGCGCACCAGAGACGCGGGUCGAUAGAGAGCCAACAGCAGCCGGUUCUGGCCGUGAAGAUUGAGGUGGAGCAGCUGAUCAUCUCCAUUUUGGAUGACCCUAGUGUGAGUAGGGUUAUGAGGGAGGCUGGGUUUUCUAGUGUUCAGGUUAAGAGUAAUGUUGAGCAAGCAGUUUCUCUAGAACUUUCUUCUCCUCCUCCUCCUUCUUCAAACCCUAAAGAAAACACUAAGACUAGGACUAGUACUAGCCUGUUUCUUUCCCAGUCUUCUCCAUCUUCAUCCCUAUUAUUAGCUAAGAAUGAAGAUGUGAUGAGUGUGGUGAACUGCAUGAUGAAUAGGAGGAGGAGGAGUAUUGUGGUGGUGGGUGAGUGUCUUCCCAGUUUAGAAGCUGUGGUCAAAGGAGUGAGAGAGAGAGUUGACAAUGGAGAUGUGGGUGAGCCUCUGAGAGAAGUCAAGUUCAUCAGUGUCCCUCUUUCUGGGUUUGCCAAUAACAGGAGAGAAGAGGUUGAGCAAAAGAUUGGGGAGUUAAGUUGCCUUGUUAAGAGUUUGGUGUCAAAAGGGGUUGUUUUGUACCUGGGAGAUCUCAAAUGGAUCACUGAUUAUAAGGCUAGUUCUGGGAGUCAUGGCAGAAUAAUAGGGGGCUACUGUUCUGUGGAGCAUAUGAUCAUGGAGAUUGGGAGACUAAUCUGCAGUUUUGGUGAGCAUGGAAUGCUUUGGCUUCUGGGAAUUGCAACUUUUCAGACUUUCAUGAGGUGCAAAACUGGGCACCACUCAUUGGAGUCUGUUUGGGGCCUGCAUCCUAUCACUGUGCCUGCUGGAAGUCUGGGCUUGAGCCUCAACCCUUCUGAAAGUGAUCCCAUUGCUGAACACAGAAACAAGAAAUCAUCAGAAAAUAAUGGAUCUUCUUGGAUGGUUCUUGAAAAUGGUGAUGAUAAUAAUAAUAAUGAGGAGAAGCAGCUAAACUGCUGUGCUGAUUGUUCAGCCAAGUUUGAAGUUGAAGCUUUGAGCUUACAGAAAACCCAUUCCAUGAGUGAAUCCACAUUGUCUAGCCUCCCUCCUUGGCUUAGAGAUGAAAGCAUAAGGCUCCAUAGCACCACUCAUGAUCAGAACUGUGUUUCAGUGAAAGAGCUGUGCAAGAAAUGGAAUUCGAUUUGCAGUUCAGAACACAAACCAUUACUAGAGAGAAACUUAACGUUCCCACCCCCAUCAUCUUCCUCUUCUUCUUUCUUCUCAUACGAUCAACAAUACCCUAGUUUUCGAAUGUACAUUCCUGAGAACAUGAAUAAUCCUGCAAAAACAGGAUUAUUUUGGGCUAACCCCAAUCCCAAUUCCAGUUCCACUCCGGCUUCUUCAAUGGAAACCGAAUACUACGUCCCAAAGUUCAAGGAGCUGAGCGCGGAGAAUCUCAACAUUCUGUGCAACGCAUUGGAGGAAAAAGUGCCGUGGCAGAAGGACAUCAUCCCGGAAAUCGCGGCGACGGUUUUGCAGUGCCGGUCGGGGAUUGUGAAGAGAAAGGAGAAAUCAAGAAACGACGACGUCAAAGAAGAGACGUGGCUGUUCUUCAAAGGCGGCGAUGUUCAGGCCAAGGAGAAAAUCGCGAGAGAAUUAGCUAAGGCCGUGUUUGGCUCACCCUCAAAUCUAAUCUCCAUCGCCCUCAGCGCCUUCUCGUCCUCAUCGGAGGAUUUCCGGCACAAGAGAACGCGAGACGAGCAGAGCUCCAGCUAUAUCGAGCGGUUUUCUCGGGCGGUUAUAACUAACCCCCACCGCGUUUUCAUGGUGGAAGAUGUGGAACAAGUGGACUAUUGUUCCCAAUUGCAACUCAAAAAGGCAAUCCAGAGAGGAAAGAUAAGUUUCAAUGGCGAGGAAUUGAGUUUCAGCGACGCCAUUAUCAUCUUGAGCUGCGAGAGCUUCAGUUCUCGGUCCAGAGCUUGCUCCCCGCCGGUUAAGCAGAAAUCCUCGUCGGAAAACGCGUUUUCCGACGACAAGGAAGAGAAGGGGACGUCGUCGUCCGGCGGGGAGGAAACCACGAGUUCUUGCGGGUUUUUGGACUUGAAUAUCUCCAUUACUGACGAUCAUGAGAGGUUAGUUGAAGAAGAUGAUUGUGGUGGAGGAGAUGGGAUUGAUAAUUUAGGGCUUGUUGAAAGCGUUGAUAGAUGCGUUACCUUCAAAAUCCAGAAUCAUCAUGAGGAAGAAGAUAUAAUCUUUGUAUGAUAUAUUAUGAUUCAUGUUCACAAGUUUUUGUUACGUUUUCUUCAUUAACAUCAAAUGGAUAUAUGGAGUUUUUCUACAAAUCCGUAUAGCUAAAAUAUCCACCAAAAAAUGGA